AUGAGUUGGUUGAAAAGGGCGACGACGGUUGAGGAAGAAAUUGAUCAGUUGGAAGCAUCGAAAGCCUGGCCCAACUCAAUAACUUUCCCAAGCCAGCCUCUUUCGUCGAUCGCCUGGUCAUGCGAAAAUUUCAUAGCCGUCGCUGCGGAAAACGGUUUAGAAGUGAUCCACCUCGACAGUCAUGUGAUCAAGAAAAAGGCAUCAGUUCACAAGGCGGAAGUGCCUCCUCGUCCGGAGGUGAUCCCAUUCGAGUUAGAAAAUUUCAGCGAAUUGCUUCACAAAUUUCAUCGCAAAGCUCUCUACAAGGCGGCCCAUUUUCCCAACGAGUUUUCAUGGCACUCAAAGGCAAUCUACGAUCCGUCAUUCUUCUUUCAUCAAAUCAAGCUUGAGCGGUUGAAGACAAUGGCGAAAACAAAGGAGCUCCAGGCAAAUCCGACAUUGCAGAUCGACUCGAUUAACUUUCCUCAAACAGUAAAAUUCUGGCCGGAUCAUCCAUCUUCUUCCCCACCGAUUGGAGGCUCUAUCAUGUUUGUCCAGACAAAAGAUCAUCGUCUCCUCUGCUAUAGAUUUUGUGAAGCAAAUCCUCCAUAUUGGGAUGUCAUGGCGGAAUUGACAGAAGUUGUUCGCAAGAAGAAAAUUGCCGAGUACGAAAUGUACAAUCCAAACAUUCAUACCCAAGCUGACAGCUACGAUUUCAAGGAUCCCGACAUCGACAAUGCUGGGAUGCAAUUUUAUGCCUUGAUCAGCUCCCUCAACUUGAUUGACUUCUGCUUUUUAAAUGCUUGUAACGAUGGUGAAUUGAGUGUAAUUAUGCUCUUUCAAGAUGGCUCGGUCUUUGAAGUAGGGGUUAAUAUAACUACAUAUCAUGUUACUGUGAAGAAUUGCCUGCUUUUGAUCACUGGGAAAGAUGGAGUUAUUCCAAAGGGAAUUGCUCGAGUAAAAGCCAUGAGCUCGAUUCCACUUUAUUUGGUCUGGUCAUCUGAUGGCGAGGUCUAUCUCCUGGAAUCUUCUGGAAACGGACUGAAACUGUGCUCGAGUGCGAAAUUCUCCGAUUAUGAGACACACUGUGUAUCGUCAGUGCUUGAUAGGAAUGAAAAACUAAGGAUUUUCGCUGGACGAAUAAACUUGAUUGAAAGCUUCAUGGUCGACAUAAAUGGGGACGAUAUUCUCAUCAAUAAGAACUCUUAUUCUAAAAUUAGUUCAACGAAUACAUUGGGAUUCAUGAGAAUAGAUGCAAAGCUAAUUAGCGGGACAGUGAGAUGCACUGCGGUCUCCCAGGACGGACUUAUUACUACAGUGGAACUGACUGGUCAAGGUUAUCUUCAAAAUUUUGGCGCGCUAAAGCAAGUUGAAAAGCCGGUGGACUCGAGGAUUGUUUCCACUGCCUUUUCGCCGCAUUCCACCACACUUUGCGUUGGAUUCAAAAAGUCUACGAUCGUCCAUAAGGUUUGUGACAAAGGGGUCGCCGUCAUCAACUGGUUUCCAAUCAUGGACGACUCAGAGUUUGAACCAGAGCUGGCGAAGGUCAUCACCAGCGUUUCUUUCAAAGAAGAAAUGCUUCCUUCAAUCGUUGACUUUGUUCUUCCAAUGAAGAGGAUCAAUUCGACAUUUUACGAAAUCCAAAGAUGCCUUCAAAAUUCCAACAUGGAUACCUUGUGCUACUUCUUGAAUAAAACCUUAUUAUCGAAUGAAACCGGAGAAAUGGAGUUUGGAAAUGGGUCCAUUCUAAGCGCCAAUUGCUCUUUUUGCGAUCUCGAGUACGAAAUAGUAACUUUGCCUGAUCAACAAAGAGAGGAAGAAAGGAUACCUUGUCUCCGAUGUAAAAUGCCCAAACCGUUUGUGAGGAGCUUCAACGAAACUCCGACACUUGCAGUUAUGAGCUAA